GGUUCUCCGUCGCGUUGUGCUUUAGAGCCAAUAUAAGAGCUACCCAGCUGUUGUGGAGUUGCAGUUUAAAAGCGCGCCGUUUCCGCUCAAGACGUCUCAACAUUCGUGGAGCUUUUAGCACCGUAAAUUACGUAUUAAUAUAUUAUAUUAUUUCCUUGAGAGUCCCCUCUGUGCGCAUGAGGAGCUGGGUCUGCGCAACAAGUGCCGUCCAGUGCGUGUCGCGAGGUAGUGUGUGCACGACUGUGGGUUAAGCAAAAGCUCGCAAUUGGGAUUAACUAGAGCAUACGAUAAAUGUGUGAUAUUGGAGUGUAAAUUGGAUUUGUUUUUUUCUUCUACUGCCAUCGCCAACGACCUAGCCAAUUAGUGGAAAUCAUCCCAUUUUUGGACACAGCAACAAGGAUAAAAUAUGGCUAAAGUGUUUCUUGUGAUUGCACUGGCAUUCGUGGCCACGGGCGUGCUGGUGGAAGCCAAGAGUGGAGACAGGAAGAAGGCCUUUUCAGGCAAACCAACCAAGACACCCAAAUCCGUUGUUGAUUUAUUCAAUGGGCUUCCGGAGGAGGAUAUAAAAUUCCUCAAGGAGCUAGAUAAGCAGUUUAAAGUUCACGGGGAUACUAUUAAAAUUCGCAUUGAGAGGGACAAUACAACAGGAACAACACAAGGAAAGAAUUCAAAGAGAACCAUCGAUGGUGAUUUAGGAUACGGUUACCAUCGCAAUCAUCGACCAGCUGGACCGAAUUUCUACUUCUCGAAGCCUAAAUUGGAAUUCUACCCGUACUCCCAGGAAGAUAUCCCUCCACUGCCUCAUCCAGCGCAGCAUCAACUUCAGCAGCAUCCACUUCAUCACAGGAACAGGCAACGAUUGAACUUCCAUCCAACGAGACAUCAGCCACAUCACUAUGGACACACUGCUGUUGAGAUUCAAGCAUCUCCUGGCUAUGAAAUCCACGAGAAUACAUUUGAGCAUCCACCACCACCUCCACAGCAACCCUACCAUGCGGAUUUCCAGCAACCAGCUGCCUACCAUCAUGCAGAGCCUGUGAUUGUGCUCAAGAUUCCCGGGCCACAGAAGUACGCAGCCCAUUUGCGUGUCCUUCUUCAGCAGUAUCUCGAAGUGCGUGCUGCACAAUUCCUCCAGGAGUUGCAGCAACAGGAAUUACACCACCAGGAGCUGCAGCAUCAAGAACAAGUCAAUCAACAUGGGAAUGCCAUUCAGGAGACAUACGUUGAAGAACACAUUCCAGAAACCAAUGGACACACCUUGGCUACAGCUCAAGCUGGAACACCACAUGACGCCUAUGGUCCACCAGGACAUGACCAACAAACAACUUAUGCACAUCCAGAACAUCCUGAAGUACCCCUAGCUGAAGCUUAUGGAGCCCCACAGCAAGAGCAGGCAAUCUAUGAUGCACCACAACAGGGACAAGCUGUCUAUGAAACCCAUGAGAUUCACUAUGAACCCCAACAAGCAGUGUUCAUCAACCAAGCUCUCUAUCAGAAUGAUCCACGUGCAGCUUAUCAGGGUCCAGCCUACCUUCCAAAUACCGCCGAACAACCGGCAGAGCAGCAGCAAUUCUACUAUCAGCAACAACAGGAGCACCAUCAUGCCGAAGAUGAUUUGCCAUCGUCUGAGAACUACCCAAGUGAACAGCAUACGAGGGUGAUUUUCACGAAAGAACUCCACAAAGGAUCAACGCCCAAGUCAACACAAGUAGAGUACCAAGAAGAGUAUCAAGCAGCACCCAUUGAGCAGCACUCCACAGUCACUCCACUGGCCUUCAGGACACAGGAAUACUACCAACCACAUGAGGUGGAAAUGGACGAUGUUGUGGCCAUCACGCAGAAGCCCUUCAACUACCAUGCUCACGUCUCAAGUACGACACUGAGUCCGCCUGCUAAACGGGACGUUCCACCCUACACAGAGGAGCAAUUCAAGAAGCUCAGCAAACUCGUGCAUAAGCUGAAGAGGAAGCAGGAGGUAACGGAGGAGAGCAAUUGAGCAACACCACCCCCGCGUGUAUAUAGAAAGUCUCUCUAAGCAUUUAUUUAUUUUUCACCUCCCUCGUAAAUAGGUCAACUACUUUGUAAGGACUAAUGAAUAAAGAACAUCUUUUGUACAGACAAA